AUGGAUGUCAUCAUGACGGACUCCACCACACCUACUGAGUUCCACUUCUUCCCAAAGCUUUCAGCGGAGCUGCGACGGAUGGUCUGGGAUGAGGCACUUCCCACCUUAAAUCUCCAGCGAUUCAACGCCGAGAUCGCACGCCAGCCAGCAUAUCCCCACUCCAACCGACUUGGGCCACUCACCCUCUGCCUGACCCCAAGCGAUGACUUCAUCCAAGUCACCAAGGGCUACGUCGGCCUUCUCGGCGCCUGCUACGAGUCACGGGAGGCCGCCAUGAACAAGAUCGAAGCCUACCUGACGAUACAGUACAUCACACAGAACCAAGACGGCUCCAUCUCCAUUCGCUUCGCCAAGGUCCCGUACAACCCCGACGGACAGGUCUGCAUCAGCGGCCUCGGUCCAGCACUCCACUUCGCCGCUGAAGAUGGCCUUGGCGCCCGCGGCACGGCGGUUGGGAACCCCCACAAGGACAAGGCGGACUUCAUCGCCUACUCCAUCAAUUGCGCCACGAUUACCGAGGUCAAGCACCUGGCCAUCGCACUCGACCCACCGCGGCAGUUCAUGGGCCAGCACUGCGACAUGUUUGGCUGGGAUUUCCACUCCUUCGACAAGUUCGCAAGGAGGAUGGCCAGACACAAGCUGGAGACGAUGGAGCUGAUCGACGACGGCUGGCUGGAUGAGAGGCACGAGAACAAGGACCACCCAGUUCCUUUCGAGUGGCAGCACACGCGGGUCCCGAUCACGCGCGUGCCCACGGGCAACGUCUGGCCCCCUCCACGUGUUCAGAUCUCUUGGUCUCAACUCAUCGACGGUUUCCUGGCCAACUCGAAGACCCUCAAGGCUGUGAAGAAGCUCAGGGCUGCUGCGAAUGAGCAGUGA